CCUUCGGUCGCCGAAUCCGUCUCUAUUGAUACGACUCGUAGGAGAGACUCGACUUCAAGUCAUCAAGAAUUGAAUGAAAGCAACGAUAAUCUGGAACUCAAUUCAGACAUAAGCGACAACAGGAGCUUCAAGAAGAAUAAUUUGAGCUCUAAUUCGAUCGGCAGUUCUGACGGCAAAAGUAAAUUAGUUUUGUUGAUCGAGACAUGCAUUCGACACAUUCCUCGCUAUUAUUCCGAUAUGAGUCUCAUUGAGAUCGGAAUACUUAGCGGUUAUAAACCAAAUAAAGACGAUUUGGAAGAGAUUAUCAAAAUGGAGGACUCAUUAGUCUCUAAAUACGAGAUUUCCGAACGAAAUAUUGUCUUUUACUUCGAGAAAGUGCCGUUCGGUCGGCCCUAUUGUCUGCAGUUCAGGAAAAUACAAGAACACAGUAUAGGCAACGCUCAGGCGGCUAUGGUUAAGGUCUAUGACUACUACCAUAAAGAUCACAGUUGUUCCCAACUGUUCACUCCCUCGCGUUUAAGCGAAUACAUCGAAACGAAGUGCAAUUCGGAAGUGUGUGAAUGUGCCAAACGGGAGAACUGUCCCACAGCUAAGGCUUUGGUCGAAAUCGGAAAGAUCGCCGAAAUGCGAGUCGUGAGGGCGCGCACUAUGUUUGAAGACCUGGUCUGCUCUCAU